AUUGUAGACGUUAGCUCGGAGAGUUUUUGGAAUAUUGUCAGGAGAGAGGGUGAGAGAGAGUGAGGGAUGCCGCCAAAGGGACGAUCGCAUGGCAAGGGCCAUCUGAAGGGCGUGGAGUCCCCGGAUAUGCUCUCGGCCGAUGGCAGUGCAUUCGAUUUGGGCAAACCACCAGCACAUCCGCUUGAUGAUCCGAGUGUGCUUACCAUUGGCAUCAUGGCAGAUACCGAGGUAACGCUGGGAUUUCUGCUCGCUGGCAUUGGCUUUCAUCGGGAUAAUCACUACAAUUACCUAAUGACGGAUGAUGACAUGCCCCUGGAGGAGAUCGAGACGUUCUUCGAGCAACUGUACCGAAUGCACAACCUUGGCAUCAUCAUACUCGACUUUCCCACACACAAACGCCUCAAGUCGGUGCUGGACAAGUGCAAGAAUAUGCUGCCCGUGAUUGUGGUGGUGCCCAGCAAGGCCACUCUGGGGCCCUAUCAGGAGUGGAAGGGCCGCAAGCAUAUCCGCGAACAGGAUCUCUAAGUCUUUCUCUUUGACUUUUCUUCACAACAAAUGGAAUAAAGUAUAGAAAUUUGAUGGCAA